AUGGGAAUUCAAGGCUUUUCAAAAUGGAUAAGAAAGCAGUAUGAUGAAUUUGUGUGGCCUGUCAAGGAAGGAUUCUUUGAAAAAAAUCCUACAGCUCGUGUAGAUAAUUUUUAUAUCGAAAUGAAUGAAAUUAUUCAUGAAAUUAUUCAAAAAAAUUUGGGAACAAUUGUAGAAGUCAACAAAAUUUUUAGUGCAAUAUGUGACUACGUAAAUAAAUUAGUUUUAAUGGUUAAACCAAAGAAAUCAAUUUUCAUUGUAGUGGAUGGGGUUGCUCCAAGAGCCAAGAUGAAUGAACAACGCAGUAGACGGUUUAAAGCAACAUAUGAAGGAUUUGACACAAACUCUGUUACACCAGGAACGAUAUUUAUGGAAAAAUUUUCAAGCUAUUUUAAAGAAUUCAUUCGUAACAAAAUUAAAAAUGAUGAUACUUGGAAAUGUGUAAAAAUCAUAUACUCGGGCCAUGACGUGCCAGGCGAAGGAGAACAUAAGAUAAUAAAAUACAUUCGUAAUUCUGAAUCAAAAUCAGAUUGCAUCUAUGGAAGGGAUUCAGAUCUAAUUUUAUUGGGGCUUCUGCAUUAUAAACCAAAUCUUAAAAUACUUAGUAGUAAUGAAUUCUUUUUACCAGGCACAAACCUAAAUCCUUCAAAAACUUUUGAAUUAAAGUUCUUAGGAACUUUACGUAAAAAAAUAACGGAAGAAUUUUCAAAACUUUGGGAACCUAAGCCACUUUCUUUUGAAUUUAAAAUUGAAAGCAUAAUAAAGGAUUUUAUUUUAUUGGUACAUUUUAUGAGUAAUGAUUUUAUACCGAUGUUGCCUAAUAUUAAUGGAGGGCUUGAUUUUAUUAUUCCGACUUAUAAAGAGAUAUUAAAAGAAAGUGGAGGUUAUAUUAACGAUGCUGGAAGCUUAAAUAUACGAAGACUCGAAAUGAUUUUUAAGAAAUUGAGCAUUUGUGAAAAAGAAUUGUUCAAACCAAAUAAAUUUAUUGAAGCAGAAAGUGAGAAUGAAGAAUUUCUUAGAUGGAAACAAAAGUAUUAUAGGAAUAAGAAAAUGAUUAAAGACGGCCAAGAUCAAAAAUUUUUAAUUAAAUCAUACAUUGAAGGGUUACAAUGGGUACUUUAUUAUUAUGAAGGUGAACUAAAAUCUUAUAGAUGGUUUUACCCUGAACAUCAUUCACCGCUUAUAUCAGACUUGGAAACUAUUAAAAUAAAAAAUUUUGAGAGUGAAGGUUACUAUAAGCCUUUUGAACAACUAAUGUUUGUAUUGCCUCCUAGGAGUAAAGAGCUUUUACCAGUAGCAUACCAGUUUUAUACCGACGAGAAUAGAACCGAUAACCUUCCAUUUAUUAACGAACAAACACUAUUAUCUGUGUUAAGAUCUGUAGAAGACAAUCUGACAAGUGAAGAAAGACUGAGAAAUGUGUUUAGAGACGCAAUCAUUUUUGAAUAUGAUAAUUCAAGCAAAGAAGUCAAAAUGAUAUUAAUGAACAGUCAUAUAACUUAUGCUAAUAAUUAUAAUGAAAUUACAUUUUCAGUUUCAGAAUACGGAUUUCCACAAAGUGUAAAUCAAUAUAGAGAUGGUACACUUCUGAUAACCGCAAAUAAAGAUAGAUAUGGUUAUUCUACGACGUGUUAUAAUGAUUCGUAUAAUGGAAGUGUUAUAGAUUGGCAUGGCAUAGAAACAAGGUACCGGAUAAGUGCAGUCAAAAUAUUAAUAAUUCCAACCAUUUCAGAAAUUCAAACUAAUAUUUCAAAAAAUUUGUUGCCUCAACAAUUUAACUUUAAUUAUCAAGAUUUUGAUUACCUAAUUAAUGAGAUUGUUGAUGUAAUUAAUUGUUUGGAAUAUAAAUUUUCAAAAUUUGGUGCCCUACUUCUGAAUAUUGCGAUAAUAAUUCUCAAAACUUUUCAAAAUGUUUCCGAAUUACAUGAUGAAUUUAUCUGUGGAGUAACGAUAUUUCCAUCUCUAUGCGCAUCAUCAACGAUAAAUAAAAAUGGAGAGUUUAUGACAGCUUGGAUAAAUUCAUCAUUUGUGUCUUGGUCUAAAUAUAAAAUUUCGCAAUCUGAUGGCAUCGUGACUCUAGUAUCGAAUGGCAGCAUCAAUGCAGCAAAUGGAUAUAGUAUUUCAACUUUAUCUGUAUUUGACACAAUAGAUGGCUAUCAUGCUAUUGUUUAUGUUGAACAAAAUGAAACAUAUUUUGAUACUUAUGGUUGGAGAAACAAUGCUUUUUUUAAAAAUUCAAGUUUAUUGUUUUAUCCUGAUGAUCCAAUUUUACUUUUAUAUGUACAUAUCGUUAAAGAUGAGUUGGAACAAUCAACAGAACAAAGUUUACUUUUCUCAUCUUCUGAAAGAUUACUUUCUGGAGCUUAUCAACUUUAUUGCAAAGCAGGUUUUACCUCAUCUGAUUUCCAAAGUAAUGUUUGCACUGUGUAUUUAAAUUAUGAGAGUAAUUAUACUAAAUAUGAAAGAAAAAUUGAACUAAAAUAUAUUACAUUUUCAACGUCCGGAUCUGUCAUUAGAAUAGGAACACUUUCAAAAACUAUAAUAGACUAUUAUGAUAAAGCUACUAUUUUUCCGUUAAAAUAUGGUGGUUUUUUUUCAAUCAAUGAUAAUUCUAGUAGUUCUAUUCUCGAUGAUCGAUGUGAAAUCUAUGAUGUAAAUGGAACAUUUGAUUCUUUCUGGGAUAUACCACUAAAUUUAACUACAAAUAAAUAG